GAAUUAUCCUUCCACCACAAUGGAAAUAAUCACUUUAAGCGGAUCAAACAUUGUCCACACUAAUUAAUUAAUACAGACUUGCCGGAAGGACCCGUGACCCAGUGUAUAGCUCGAUGUUGGAGGUCUGGGUUUUCUAGUUUCUGUGUCGGGAAAUGUUUUCCAGAAUUAGCUGAUUGGUUCUGAGUACGAUAUUAGUGAUCCUGGGUUCAAAGCUGUUUUUCCUUAUUGACCAGUUGUACAAGGAAAGGGACAUCUCAGAAGUGCAUGGCCGGCCUGUUGACUUGCACUACCGCACCCUGACUAACUACCGGGAUUCCCUUUCCCACAAUAACGACUUGUUUUCGACGACUGGCACGAGAUCCCGAGUGAUGUCACUGGCUGGCAAUGUGCAGACUGACGACCACCUAUCAGCAAUGAGUGAAGAUAUCAUUUCAUUCGUGACUCCACCAUGGCUGGUGUCUGGUAGCUUUGUGACACACCUUUGUCCAACCUUCUGUCCGUCCGUCGGAACAACGUAUAAAUGUUGCUAUUAAUAGACUACAGGACCAGAGGAGCCACGCCGACAGAAAAAGAGAAAGUAGUUAACUAACUGCCUGACUACCUGGUGAAAGGAAGAAGAUUUGUUCGGUAAGUCAGCUCGUACCCUGAGCAUGUAUAUUGUUUGUGUGAUAUUGCUUGCUUUGAAUCUUGGAUUAGCAAUGGUUUUCAAAAUGGUGUCUUCAAAAUGUUUGAUUAGACACGUUAAUAGUCGUUUGUAUCACGGAACUGAAGUAAAUUAUUUGCAGGACCUCACCUGUGUCGUGUAGGACAUGGACAGUCGACUGACAUGAUUAUGAGUGUAUACACUGACAUAUUCUGAGCAACAGGAUGUACAGUAACACUGUCAGGGCUUCAGACUGAGACUAGUCUAGCGUGGUGGUGUAAUGAGUAGACAGUGUUUAUUGUGUUAUCACUAGUCUACUGUAGGUUAUGUGGUGAGAUGAGUAGACAGUGUUUAUUGUGUUAUCACUAGUCUACUGUAGGUUAUGUGGUGAGAUGAGUAGACAGUGUUUAUUGUGUUAUCAGCUAGUCUAGAGUUUAACUGGUGGUGUAGACAGUGUUUUUGUGUUAUGAGCUAGUCUAGUGUAGGGCUUAUGUGGUGUAAUGAGUAGACAGCGUUUAUUGUGUUAUCACUAGUCUACUGUAGGUUAUGUGGUGAGAUGAGUAGACAGUGUUUAUUGUGUUAUCAGCUAGUCUAGAGUUUAACUGGUGGUGUAGACAGUGUUUUUGUGUUAUGAGCUAGUCUAGUGUAGGGCUUAUGUGGUGUAAUGAGUAGACAGCGUUUAUUGUGUUAUCACUAGUCUACUGUAGGUUAUGUGGUGAGAUGAGUAGACAGUGUUUAUUGUGUUAUCAGCUAGUCUAGAGUUUAACUGGUGGUGUAGACAGUGUUUUUGUGUUAUGAGCUAGUCUAGUGUAGGGCUUAUGUGGUGGGAUGAGUAGACAGUGUUUAUUAGGGAGAGGAAAGUGGAAGAGUGGUGAUUCAUUACCCAUAAACUGUUUACAAUCUUACCAAGCCAACACACUUCCACCAGCCAGUAACAAACACAGACCAACACACGUGCUGUGGUGUAAACUGUUGCUCCCAGCAUGCAAUGUACAUCACCACUCUGUUCAAUCUGCACCAUUUCCUCCAGAUUUCAGCUUGAAGAAAUCUUUUCCAUGCUUCUGAGAACGAGAAUGACAGUUUAUAGGUUUCUAAGAAUUUUCUCUUUUUUUGUUUGUUUUGAAGAUGCCUUUCAGCUGCGUGUUUUCUUUCGUAAACGGAGAAUAUGAUGGUAGAAAAAAUGAAUAGUGCUCAAUCGACUACUCAGUCAUCUCUUGUUCUUGUCUAUCGAUAUAAACCGUUUAUCAGUUUAUAUAGUCAUUCAUCUGUGUGUGCUCAUAUUUCUCUCUGCUGUCUUUCAGAAUUGCUGACUGAGGACAGGGAAGUAAUACACUUGUGCCAUAAAUAUGUCUGACAUGAUUGAUCGAUCCGCGGUCAAAUGAUAUUUAUUCACCUCUGUGUACAACAUAGACUAACACAGAUUAGCCUUAUAGACGUCCGUGAUUUCGCAUAUGAAGUCACGGUGCAAGCAAGCCUCCAUUUUCGGAGGAAUAUUAGUUGCCUUGCUGAAUAAAGAACUGUCCAUUUAGAGUCUGAAAAUGCUCUUCUUUGUAAACGAUGAGUCUUCUUCACCAGACAUGAAAAAUAUCGCCUUGACCUCUCAGGUUGAUAAAAGUCUGCAUCUGAUGCAAAAACAGUAGAAGGAAAACUAAACUUAAAAAGUAGUUUCCACUGAAGUUUUCGACAUGUAUCCAUACACCUUCUUCAGCAACUAAAAUCUAAGUGACAGAUCACUUUAUGACAGCUGUCCGGGCAACAUGGCCUCCUCGUUGUUUAACGGGUCGUGUUCGACGAUUACAAUUCCAUGUGAAGAUGGCAUGAUGUACAUAGACCCGUGUAGCUGUGUACAUUUCUACAUAUGUGCAAGUCGACAAACUAUAGUUAAACAAGGAUGUCCACUGGGCACAGAGUUCAAUCAAAGCGCCUGCGGGAGAACUGAUGAAGUGAAAUGUAAUGUACAGGAGCCAUGGCAACGGUGCCGAAAUGUGCAAGGUUCAAAGUCCAAAGAAGAGCUUAGGAACCAAUGUCUUAAUGCAAGCUCGUCAUCGUCCUCAUCAUCGUUAUCGUCAUCGUCAUCAGAAGGGGGAAAUGGCGGUGCGAUCGCUGGAGCGGUCAUUGCUGUGCUUCUUGUCGCCGUGAUUGUUGUUGGUGUUGUUCUCUACGUGAGGAAGAGAGGAAAUCCAAUUAGGCACCUGAAGGUGACGUCUUUGUGGCGGAGAAAGACAGAGACCGUCAUCAGGGAGAACAAGGGCGUCACUUCCCCUGUUGCACACGUCAGCGCCGCGCCGUCAGAAGAGGAAGUGUACGCGUGUAUUGAUGACGCGGCCAUGUGUCGCGAUGAAGACCUGGUCACAUCAACACCGCCAAGGGCUCGGCCAAACGUCAACCCCAACCAGAACACCUACACGGUCGUCGCAGCUGGCGGCACAGGGGGAGGCAACAGGCAGGAUGUGGCUCACUUCACGCCGGCCAUCGCUGGCCCCACGAUCCAGAUAGAAGUGACCACAGACGAGCCGUGUCCGUCCAACUCACCUCUGGAGGACCAAAUUGACCGCAGCAAUAGAGAUCGGUGGAGAGCUGAAGGAGCUGGUGAGAGACCUGCAGAAACUAUCCUCCUUGACCCUCAACAAUACCUUGUGCCCCGCCCGAUCACUCUUGGCGUGGGAACGGGCGAGGGGAGAUCUACCAUCGACCCACCCUACUACGAGCUUGAACAUGGUGGACACGAAGACCCUAUUUAUGCCAAUGACGUGGAUAACUGAUAGAAUGAUUUGUAGAAGGUAGUUAUGUGAGGGACGUGAAUAACUGAAAACAGGAAUGAUUUGAACGUAGUUACGUGAGUGACGUGGAUGACUGAUAGCAGGAAUAACUUGCAAGCCGUAGUCAGCACAGCAAGGUGAAUAACUGUGAUAGGAGUGAUUCUCCCUCCGCCCUCAAAACACAACGUGACGAGCGAGGCGCGCGCAACCUUGACAGCAGGAGUGACGGAACGGGUAUAGGUACUUGGACUUGAGGAGAAACACGAACCAAUACCUGGAGUACAGUGAGUCCUUUGUUGUAAACCGCCACCUGACGACUGUUGCUGUGUAUUAACAUUACUUUAUGAACUGAGCUCCACUGGUGCCGAGCAAUCUCCAAUGUGAUGAUCUCUGUUUACUUUAUAAUAAAGAGGUACAAUGCAUACCCGGAAUACAA